GAGACCUGGAGGAGCGGAGUUGUAAACUAAAGCGCGUGCAUGUUUCAGCACCAAUACCGCGUGGAUAGCAGCCAAACGGACGGAGCAGAUAGACACAGUUGUUAGGUCGGUUAGCUUGUUUAUGUCGUGCGGUUUUUGAUAGUCGCUGUUGUUAAAUUGACGAAAGAUAAACUUUUUUAGCAGCGGCUGUGGCUCCUCAGGCGGCGAGGCUUUAGCUUUGUUUGCCUCGGCGGCAAAAAAGCUGCGUCUCGAUUGAAAAGGAAGUAUAAAAAAUCCAAUUUUUCUUCAACAUUAUUUCGAAUAAGCUUUUAUUUGUAGGGGUUCGACGAAGACCAGAUGGCUGCAAGCUACGGAAAACAAAGGUGAUUUUUUAAAACACUUUUCACCCCAGCCGGUUCGGUCCAGCCAGCGGUUGAGCAAGUGGUGUUUUUAAGCCACAUUCCAGCCCGCUCCCACCGCUUUGCCUCCAUUGUGAGAGCAUCUCUGCCGCCCGUGAUCCCGCGCUCACACCUGCCUCCCACCCCCCUCUCCACUCCACUCCACGGCUGUGUUUUUCGGCUGCUUCGUUGAUUCACUCCACAUUCCAAAUGAUGUGUUCUCGGGUUUGGUUCGUGACCGACCGGCGGAUCAGCCAGGAGUACCCCCAGGUCCAGAUCCUCCGGGCUCUGAAGGAGCGCUGCGCCGACGAGGACGUUGAAUUCCGCUACCUUCUCAUGGAUCAGAUCGUGCUGACGAUCAGCGAAGGCCAGCUAGGUCUGCGAGUGGAGCAGGAAUUGGUGACGUCUUACCCUCAGGUGGUUGUAGUGCGGGUCCCCACGCCCUGGGUUCAGUCUGACAGUGACAUCACCGUGCUGCGCCACCUGGAGAAGAUGGGCUGCCGACUGAUCAACCGGCCCCAGGCUAUUCUCAACUGUGUCAACAAAUUCUGGACCUUUCAAGAACUGGCCGGACAUGGGGUCCCUCUUCCUGACACCUACUCUUACGGGGGACACGACAACUUCCGUAAGAUGAUCGACGAGGCAGAGCCGCUGGGAUACCCAGUGGUGGUGAAGAACGCUCGCGGCCACAGAGGCAAGGCUGUGUUCCUGGCGCGCGACAAACACCACCUGACAGAUUUGUGUCACUUGAUUCGCCACGAUACCCCCUACCUGUUUCAGGAGUACGUGAAGGAGUCUCACGGUCGUGACGUACGAGUGGUCCUGGUGGGCGGACGUGUUAUUGGCUCCAUGCUUCGCUGCUCCACCGAUGGACGCAUGCAGAGCAACUGCUCCCUGGGUGGUGUGGGGAUGAUGUGCCCUCUGAGUGAGCAGGGCAAGCAGCUGGCCAUUGAGGUGUCCAACAUCCUGGGCAUGGACGUGUGCGGUGUGGAUCUCCUGCAGCUCAACGACGGCUCGUUUGUCGUCUGCGAGGCCAAUGCCAACGUGGGCUUCAUCGCCUUCGACCAGGCCUGCGGGAUUGACGUGGCGGGGAUUAUAGCUGACUUUGCCCUUUCAACGCUCCCAAGCCGCCUGACUCGGAAGAUGUCCCUACUGUCCGUGGUAUCCAGCACCAGCGAGACCAGCAGCGAGCCCGAGGUUUGCAUGGUGAACACCAGCGGGGGCUCCCUGCCAGAGGCUGUCUGCAACAUGAGCGUGGGUUCCUCCUCCAGCGAGAGCGACCCAGAGUUGGCCGAGCCCUCGCAGUCGUCGCCCCGUCACUCCUCAGCCUCCGACCUCCCCGAUCUUCCCGACGCAGCUUACAACUUUAACACCCUCCUGGCCAAUGAGAUCAAGCUAUUGACUGAGUGAGAAUUCAUUCACACUCCCCCUACACAACACACAUCAAACACAUACAGUACAUACACUUGUAAAAUCACACAUAGAAAAAAAAAAAACACUCCGAAACAAAUAAUCAUAAUUUCUGUGCAAAAAAAAAACAGCUAAGAGAAACAAAAGAACAUUGUGACAGCAACAUCUAAACACGAGCCUUCACCUGUUGAGAUCUACGGCUGCUCCCCUGAUUCUCUUUUCUUUGCAUUUUUUCUUGAAAUCCCUUAAAGGUAUCUAAAAUCAGGGUAUGCUCUCAACUAACCUUAACAGCAUACAGCAUAUGAGAUAUCAGCCAAAACUGGCGUCUGCUAGUGUGUAUUAUUUUAUUUUGUAUGGUUGAAGAAUUUCAUUAAAUGCCAUGUAUUUAAACAUCCUCACAAUGUAAAAAAAAAAAAAAAAAAA